AUGAGAAACACUGAGGGAAUGGCACAUACUGCCACAGACGUGCCAUUGGCUGAAGCACAAAGGAAGACAGCAAGCAUGGAAGAUCACCCUUCGCCUCCACAGUUUUCAGCUUCAGAUGUCAAAGAUUAUGAUUUGAGCGAGGCCGAGCAACAGAUCACAGCUGCUGGCGAAGCGAAAUAUAGCCGCCUAUCUUGGAAGCAGCUCACUUUGAUGCUGAUUGUUGACGCCAUUGCAUUGGGUGCUCUUUCUAUCCCCCAGGCUUUCGCGACUCUGGGCAUGAUUGCCGGCGUGGUCUGUUGUGUCGGUAUUGGGUUGAUCGCAGUAUACACAUCGUGGAUUAUUGGCAAGGUCAAGCUGGCAUUCCCUUCUGUGCAACAUUAUGGAGAUGUUGGUGGCUUGCUGCUGGGCCGAGCCGGCUACGAAGUCUUUUCUGCGGUGUUCGUGAUUCAACUAAUUUUCGUCGUCGGUUCCCACUGCCUUACUGGUACGAUUGCAUUUGCUACUAUUACCGAGAGCACUAUCUGUUCUCUCGUAUUCGGUAUCGUUUCUGCAAUUAUUCUAUUCCUUCUCGCGAUCCCUUCCUCUUUUGCCGACAUCACGAUUCUCGGUUACAUUGAUUUUGCGUCCAUUUUCAUCGCUAUUGGCAUAACGAUCAUCGCAACGGGUAUUCAAGGAAGCAACUCACCAGGUGGCCUUGCCACAGUAGCUUGGUCUGCCUACCCCAAGGAGAAUGUGACUUUCACGGAAGCCUACGUUGCCAUCGGAGACAUCGUCUUCGCAUAUUCGUUUGCCACGUGCCAAUUCUCUUUCAUGGAGGAAAUGCACACUCCCACGGAUUUUACCAAAUCCAUCUGGGUUUUGGGAUUGAUUGAAAUCAUCAUUUACACUGUUACUGGAGCUACUAUCUACGCAUUCGUUGGACCUGAUGUUCAGUCUCCAGCCCUUCUUUCGGCUGGAACUACGAUCAGCCGAAUCGCUUUUGGCGUGGCAUUGCCGGUCAUCUUCAUCUCCGGCUCAAUUAAUGCGAUCGUUGUCGGACGAUUGCUUCACACUCGAGUUUACAAGAACAACGUGAUUCGGUAUAUCAACACGCCCAAGGGCUGGAUCACGUGGAUUCUCUUUGUGGCCGCUAUCACUAUCGUCGCCUGGAUCAUUGCCGAAGCUAUCCCUUUCUUCACGGACUUGCUCUCCAUUAUCUCGGCACUUUUCACGUCCGGUUUCUCAUUCUAUCUUCCUCCAAUCAUGUGGCUGGUACUUCUUUGCAAGGGCGAGUGGUUUUCAAAGGAAAAUCUGCCUUUUGCGAUCAUCAAUUUCCUGGUCUUCCUCAUGGGGCUGGCAGUACUGGUCUGUGGGCUAUACUCGAGCAUCGACGAUAUCCGAAAUUCGUACCGCACAGGGAGUGUUCGGAAUCCUUUCAGCUGCUCCCAGACAUGA